AUGUCUCACACCAACUACGCCAUGGACCAGAUGAUGUCGGAUGUUAAUGACUCUCAGAGGAGGCGUCAGCCCUUGAGAGAUGUGUCGAGCCGGAUGAACCACCCCAAGUCGCCAAAUGUCGAGACACCGCGCCUGAGGAUCCACGAAUCCGAGCAGCUGAAGAGUCCUGACCGGAUGUCCUUUCUUAUGACACCAACUCCACAAAGGAAUAAGGAAAACGACCGGCUGUCCGUGGUUACCGACCUGCAGCCCGACUCGGCCCGAAACUCAAUCAUGUCUGCGGCAUCUAUCUUGUCAACCAAAGGGAAAAGGAAAACACAUGUGGGACCAUGGCAGCUGGGACGAACACUGGGGAAGGGAGCCACUGGACGGGUUAGACUAGCCAAGCAUGCUGUAACCGGGAAUACGGCCGCUAUCAAGAUCGUUUCAAAGAAGUCAGCUGCUAUGGUUCAGAGUGAGAGUAUCGCGGCGAUGGACCGUAACAUGGGAAACUUCCCUACCAAUUCUGCCACCAGACAAAUGCCCUGUGGGAUUGAACGCGAAGUGGUCAUCAUGAAGUUGAUUGAACAUCCGAAUGUGAUCAGUCUUUAUGAUGUUUGGGAAAAUCGUGGAGAAUUGUACCUUGUCCUUGAACACGUCCAGGGUGGAGAGUUGUUCGAUUAUGUAUCUAACAAUGGACCGCUACCGGAAGAAGAGGCUGUGCGACUGUUUCGACAGAUCAUCGCGGCCCUUGGGUAUUGCCAUCGUUUCAAUAUCUGCCACCGCGAUUUGAAGCCCGAAAACAUCUUGCUUGAUUCAAACCAUAAUGUUAAGCUUGCUGAUUUCGGGAUGGCCGCGCUACAACCCGCAGGUCACUGGUUAAACACUUCAUGUGGUAGCCCUCACUAUGCGGCACCGGAAAUCAUCUAUGGUCGAAAAUACCGUGGCGACAAAGCUGAUAUGUGGAGCUGUGGUAUCAUCCUGUAUGCCCUUUUGACUGGUUAUCUGCCUUUUGAUGGAGGUGAUUUGGGAAGCACCCUGCGACUUGUGAAGAAAGGAGACUACAUGAUUCCCCCGGAGCUAAGUGAUGAAGCAGCCGAUCUCAUCCAGCGUAUCCUCCAGAAGCGCCCGGAGGACCGAAUUUCUAUGCAAAGCAUUUGGUUGCAUCCGUUGUUAACCAAAUAUGAAAAACUGCACAAUGCCAUGGUUGAUCACUACGUCGGCCCUCCUCCGCCUCUGUCGGUGAAGGACUGCGGCCAAGCCCUGUCCUGUCAGCAGGACAUCGAUCUCGAUAUCCUUCGCAAUUUGCAAACUUUAUGGCAUGAUGUUAAGGCCGAGGAUCUGAUGCAAAGGUUGUUAUGCAUCGAACCGACCCACGAGCGGAUGUUCUACAACGCCUUGGCAAAAUUUCGCGAUGAGCAACUGGAAAACUACCAAGGUCAGCCUCUGGAGUACUCGGCUAGUGACUAUCACCACAUCUCCCGCCCCGGUGGUAGAGUUCGUCGAGGCCGCAGCCAGACGGGCCAGGGUAGCUCCAAGCGUCGUGCUCAAUUCCCAUCUGUCAAAGAGUUCCCUCGUCGCCUGAGCUCUUUUAAGGAGCCGAUGUCUUCUGGUACUACUGCGAGCUAUGACCCGUAUCGGUCUCCCAAUCACGACAGCACAGCGUCAAAAGCACAGUAUACCCAUAUUACCGUCCAUCGAGAGUCGCCGGAGCAAUCUCAGGCUAUCCUAUCGUCGCCCAGGGUGCAGCCCCCCCCUUCCAUUGCGGAGGAGCAAGAGCCAGAAGAAUCGGACGGGCCAGAUGCCUCGCCAUUUACUGUUCUCCAGAAGCGCAAGCACGGGCCGAGCUCUAUGAAAUCUUUCGUCUCUUCCAAGGUACCUCAUUCCAGCUCCCGCGCUCCCGGAUUAUCGACACACUCCAUGAGCUAUCGUCGUAAUGUUUCCUUCCACCACGCACGCAACCGCUCACAUGGGUCUACAUCUGCCAAACCCAAGAAGAGAAAGAUUGCCCCACAAAAUCAGCAAAAUGAAAUCAAGCGGUCACCAAGCACCUGCAGCUUGCAAAUUUUGGCAGAUGGCCUCUGUCUGCCGGACAUGCCAAGCAGCCCACCCUUGCCAGCACAGCCAACCGUGGUACGAGCCAAUGGUCCCAAGGUCAAGAGUCUGGGGCAAGUCAGAAAAGUCCGCGAGACAGAUUACACGUGGAAGGAGGACACUCGAAAAGUCUCUCAUGAGCUCAGCCAGAUCUGCGAGGAGGCAUUCAAUGGCAGCUCUGUUACAACCAUUCGGACUACGAGCGGUGGAUCUGGAUACGAAACACCGGGAACUCCAGUCUCGACGGCAAGCCUUGAUCAAGUCAAGCCCACUUCGACGAUCCCCGUGGCUCAUACUUCCAAGGAGUCAUCCCGACCUUACAAUAUCAAGGAGCUUACUGAGACACGCCAAAAGCUCAUUGAGCACAGCCGGGGUCGAAAAGACAACGUGCCUGCCUAUCUUUCUGGUGUGAUCACUCAUCUCGACCGCUUGAUCGAAGAAGAUCAAGCCAAGAAUGGUACCCAGCGGGAGGUGGAAGUAGCAUCUUACCAAGAUCCUUUCAUAAUUUCACCAAACGAGACCUUCCUCCCUGUUAUCAAUGAGAAUUGCGCAAGCCCUGUCCGUGAGCCCAGUGAGGCCAGCCCUCGACGUCAGCAAAAACCACGGACUUCGCUAGCUACAUCUCACGGCGGCGAUGCCAAGGCAACAAUUCGGAUGGUCCCCCAUAGUUCGCUCCCAUCCAUGCAGGAAGUUAAGCCCCUUACCAUUCGCAAGAAGAAUCACAGCAAGCUCGCUUCGUCAGAUGUUCAUGAAUUUGCUAUGGGUGACCCUGCGGGUAGUGACCGGAACUUUUCCAUUGGAUCCCGACAUGCUGCUCAACCCAGUGGGCUGGCUCCCAUCGAAGAAGUUCCUCUGUCUCCUAAGAAAACAACAGCCCGUGCUCCUGAAGGGAAGAAAUGGUCAUGGUUCAAGCACCGAUCGCAGGGCUCUGACAAUCCUCCUGCUCUCCCACCCAAGGAUAGCCACCUCAUUAUUCCCAGUGGUGGCACGAUUGUGCACAAUCCAAUUACCCUCGAGCCCGCUUCUCCUUCCAAGGGAGAGAACACAGAGCGAGUCCCAAAACGAAAGACAUCCAUGGAUCGGUUUGGCGGUGGCUUUUUUAAGAAACUCUUGACCAAAAAGUCCACCCAGAAUGAGGAAGAAUCUCCUGCGAACAAUGAGAACGAAAUCCAAACCACGCCAACCAAAGAUAAUCGUUAUUCUUCACUGAUGUGCAAGGGACUUGCAGACACCGACAGUUCCGUUGAAGCUGAUGAUGCCCCGAACCCCUUCCACCAGAAGCGCCGCUCGAUUGCCAACCACAACUGGUUUGCCCGAGUUUUCCAGAUCAAGCCUGCAACCCAAGUCAUUGCGCUCAGUACAUCAAAGGUCAAAGGUCGCAAGGAACUCUACAAACUGCUUCGCGAGUGGCGGGAUUUUGGUAUGGAGGAUGUGUACCUUGACAAGACCAACAGCAUUGUUCACGGUCGUGUCAGCGAGGCAAACUUCCUCCACCUUCGGGAGGUUGAGUUCACCGCUGAAUUUUACACUGUCCUUGAGCACGGCCACCAAGCCAACCUCAGCCUGGUCCGGUUCAAACAGGAGCGUGGCGCCGCUUCAUCCUUCAACAAGGUAGUGGACGCUGUGCAGAGCACACUGAUGCGCCGUGGCAUGGUUGUUGAGGACCCAUCUCGUGCAGAGAACAUGAUGCGCGUUCUUGACUCUGUGCCGAACCACAACUAA